UGGAUUUUUAUCGAAAAGUACAUCAUGGUAAAGGCUUUAACUACGGAGUUACUGAAGACCCAAGGGAAAUUCUAUGCGGAUAUGUGGAAGGAAAAACCUCUUGAUGCUCAGCCGACGAUGCAGGCGAGCGGCAGCGACACCUCCCUGGACCUGGUGGGGGAGCCAGACCCCCUCACCUACUCCUGGAGGAACGUCAGCGUCUACUACAGCCGCAGCACCAAGGCCAUGGACGUUCCCAUACUAAAAGGGGUGACGGGUAUCUGUCGCCCCGGCGAGCUGCUGGCGAUCAUGGGGGCGUCGGGCGCUGGCAAGACGACGCUGCUCAACGUCCUCACGCACCGCAACAACGACAAGCUGCGCAUCGUCGGCGACCUCUUCGUCAACGGCCAUCGAGUGGACCCCGACUCCCUCACCAGCCGCUCCGCCUACGUGCAGCAGGACGACCUCUUCAUCGGGACGCUGACAGUUCGAGAGCAGCUGAUCUUCCAGGCCCUGUUGAGGAUGAACCGAGAUGUCACGUACGGCGAGAGAAUAAAGCGAGUUAACCAAGUUAUUAUGGAGCUUGGUCUCGUCAAAUGCGAAAACACCCUGAUUGGUGUUCCAGGCAAGUCCAAGAGUAUAUCCGGAGGCGAGAUGAAACGACUCAGUUUUGCCUGCGAGAUCCUGACCAACCCGUCCCUUAUGUUCUGCGACGAGCCCACCUCCGGCCUGGACUCCUUCAUGGCCCAGAACGUGGUGGCCGUCAUGAAGAGCAUGGCCGAACGAGGCAAGACCAUCAUCUCCACCAUCCACCAGCCCAGUUCCGAGGUCUUCGCCAUGUUCGACCGCGUCCUCUUCAUGGCCGAGGGGCGCAUCGCGUUCCUGGGCGAGGUCGACGCCGCCCUCAAGUUCUUCGGCAGCAUAGACCUGCAUUGCCCGAAGCAGUACAACCCCGCGGACCACUUCAUCGACCAGCUCUCCGUGCAGCCUGGCAAGGAGCUGAAGUGUCGCCAGAAAAUUGACCUGAUCUGCGACGCCUUCCGGUCGAGCUGCUUCCACGAGGAGAUCAAGACCGGGGUCUUGGCCAACGAGAGGCCGAGGGACAGCAUUUACCCAAAGGAAAAUCCGGAUGACGAGAGCUCUCCGUAUAAAGCCUCUUGGUGCAAGCAAUUCCGGGCCGUCAGCUGGAGGUCGUGGCUUGAGGUUGUGAGGGAGCCGUUUCUAAUCCGAGUUCGGUUCUUGCAGAUUAUGGCGAUAGCGAUUAUGGUGGGCGUAUUGUACCGGGGACAACAGAUGGACGAGGUGGGCGUGUUCAACAUCAACGGCGCCCUCUUCCUCCUCCUCACCAACAUGACUUUCCAAAACUGUUCAGCUGUCAUCAACACAUUCUGUUCCCAAAAGCACCUGUUUCUACGAGAGCACUACAACGGCAUGUACCGCACUGACGUCUACUUCCUGGCCAAGAAUCUCGUCGAACUGCCCUUUUUCGUUACGUACUCCUUCCUCUACGCCAGCAUCAUGUACUUCAUGAUUGGCCUGAAUCCUGCCCUCGAAAGGUUCCUGGUCUGCGCCCUCGUCUCUGUUCUAGUGGCUCUGACCGCCGUCUCGUUUGGCUAUCUCCUGUCUUGUAUGGCGAGCUCAGUCAACAUGGCUCUCACCCUCCUGGCGCCUAUGACCAUUCCCAUGAUGUUAUUUGGUGGCUUCUUCCUGAACGAGAAAUCAACGCCCACGUACAUGAUAUGGGUCAAGUAUCUCUCCUGGUUUAACUACGGCAACGAAGCCCUCAUGAUCAACCAGUGGGAGGGCGUGAAGAACCUGACGUGCACCGGCGUCAAAACCUGUUUCUCUGACGGGGAAGCUGUCCUGGCGCACCUCGGGUACUCAGACGACGAUCUCUGGUGGGACGUGAGUUGCCUCGUCGUCCUCAUCGUCGUGUAUAGAGUGGUGGCCUUCCUCCUCCUCCUCCUCCGCACGCACAGGGGGAAGACGCGGUCGUAA